CAUUACCUCCCGUCGUCUUCGAAAACCCUACUCUACGGACGGACGGCGGCCAGCGGAGAUGCAAAGGUUCAGAGCCCUCACGUCUGCUCGGCGGUCCAUCCCGUCUCUCCGCCGCGCUCUCUCUACGACGCGCCCCUCGUCCGCCCAUGACCACGAACUUCAGGACGAGGUGCUCGUAGAGGGCAAGGCGGCUGCCCGUACCGCAAUCCUCAACCGGCCCUGUGCUCUCAAUGCUCUGACCAACAGCAUGGGGAUUCGGUUGAAGAAACUCUAUGAAUCUUGGGAGGAUAAUCCUGAUAUUGGGUUUGUCCUGAUGAAGGGCAGCGGCAAGGUGUUUUGUGCUGGGGGGGAUGUUGUCACACUUUAUCGGUUGCUUAAUGAAGGUAAGGUAGAAAAUUGCAAGGACUUCUUCAGGAACUUGUACAUGUUCAUUUACAUCGUAGGUACAUAUUUGAAGCCACAUGUGGCUAUCAUGGACGGUAUUACCAUGGGUGGUGGAGCAGGAGUCUCUAUUCCUGGGACAUUUCGUAUUGCAACGGAUAAGACCAUCUUUGCGACGCCAGAAGUUCAUAUAGGUUUCCAUCCUGAUGCUGGGGCUUCUUUUUACCUGUCAAAUCUAAAUGGUCAUCUAGGGGAAUACUUGGCCCUAACAGGUGAGAAGCUCAAUGGGGUAGAUAUGCUUGCAGUUGGCCUUGCUACAAACUAUUCGAUGAGUGAUAGGCUUGAUUGGGUUGAUGAACGGCUUGCUAAGUUGAUGACUGAUGAUCCUUCAGAAAUUGAUUCAGCACUUGCACAAUAUGGUGAUAUUGUCUAUCCAGAUAAGAAUAGCAUUGUUCAUAGGCUGGAGGCCAUAGAUAAAUGUUUUGGCCAUGAAACUGUUGAGGAAAUCUUGGAUGCUUUGGAAACUGAGGCAGCCAGAUCAAAUCAAGAUUGGUGUAUUUCUGCAUUAAAGAAACUAAAAGAAGCUUCUCCAUUGAGUUUAAAGGUUUCCCUGCGAUCUAUCCGAGAAGGAAGAUGUCAGACAUUCGAUGAAUGUCUUGUUCGUGAGUAUCGAAUGUCGCUUCAUGGGAUCUCAAAAUUGGUUUCCAAUGACUUCUGCGAGGGUGUUCGAGCACGAUUAGUCGAUAAAGACUUGGCUCCUAAGUGGGAUCCUCCAGUUCUGGAAAAAGUAUCAGAAGACAUGGUCGAUCAUUAUUUCUCACCUCUUGGUGAAUUCGAGCCUGAUCUAAAGCUACCUACGCACUUGCGUGAAGCUUUUAUCUGAUUCUGGAUUUGUCCAGAAUGCUUCAGCUUUCACAAAGCCAGUCAACCAGGGAGGCAGAUGGUUGUAUAAUUCUGUUAUAGCAAGCAAGGUUUAACUCUUUUGUUAGGAAAUAGAAAAGAGAGUAUCCGCAAUUUCAUAUCCAAAUUGAAACAGUCCUUGAAACAAAUCCAUCCUGGAUGUGGCAGUACAUGCAAAGCUUGCUGCUGUUCUCUUCUCCUUUGGAUUGAAACUAUGAUUGGGCAUAUUAAAGAACUCUGAAUACCAGAUUGGAUUUUUAUUCUUCA